AUGAACACCCACCCCAAGGAGAUGGUGCCCUUCAUGGGCAGAAGAGCCACCAUCGCCAGUGGGAGCCCUGCCAUCAUGCAGGAGAAGAGGCCGGCAGACAUCACCCCCACCAAGAAGAGCGCACACUUCUUCCUGGAGAUAGAAGGCUUUGAGCCCAACCCCACUGUCACCAAGACCUCUCCCCCCAUCUUCUCCAAGCCUAUGGACUCCAACAUCCGGCAGUGCAUCUCUGGCAACUGUGACGACAUGGACUCCCCACAGUCUCCUCAGGAUGACGCGACAGAGACCCCGUCCAAUCCCAACAGUCCCAGUGCAAACCUGGCCAAAGAAGAGAGGAGGCGCAAAAAGAAGCGGCUGAAAAAGCGCAUCUUUGCGGCCGUGUCCGAGGGCUGCGUGGAGGAGCUGCUGGAGCUGCUGGUGGAGCUGAAGGAGCUUUGCAGGUGGCGCCGUGAAAGUGAUGUGCCUGACUUCCUCAUGCACAAGCUGACGGCCAUGGACACAGGGAAGACAUGCCUGAUGAAGGCCCUGUUAAACAUCAACCCCAACACCAAGGAGAUCUUGCGGAUCCUACUGGCCUUUGCUGAUGAGAAUGACAUCCUGGACAGAUUCAUCAACGCUGAGUACACGGAGGAGGCCUAUGAAGGGCAGACGGCGCUGAACAUCGCCAUCGAGCGGCGGCAGGGAGACAUCACCGCGGCGCUCAUCGCGGCUGGCGCCGACGUCAACGCCCACGCCAAGGGCGUCUUCUUCAACCCCAAGUACCAGCACGAAGGCUUCUACUUCGGUGAGACACCCCUGGCCCUGGCAGCCUGCACCAACCAGCCCGAGAUCGUGCAGCUGCUGAUGGAGAACGAGCAGACGGACAUCACCUCCCAGGACUCACGGGGAAAUAACAUCCUCCAUGCGCUGGUGACGGUGGCCGAGGACUUCAAGACGCAGAAUGACUUCGUCAAGCGCAUGUACGACAUGAUCCUGCGGAGGAGUGGCAACUGGGAGCUGGAGACCAUGCGGAACAAUGAUGGCCUGACUCCGCUGCAGCUGGCCGCCAAGAUGGGCAAGGCCGAGAUCCUGAAGUACAUCCUCAGCCGUGAGAUCAAGGAGAAGCGGCUCCGGAGCCUGUCCAGGAAGUUCACCGACUGGGCCUACGGGCCCGUGUCAUCCUCGCUGUACGACCUCACCAACGUGGACACCACGACGGACAACUCGGUGCUGGAAAUCAUCGUCUACAACACCAACAUCGAUAACCGGCACGAGAUGCUGACCCUGGAGCCCCUGCACACGCUGCUGCAUAUGAAGUGGAAGAAGUUUGCCAAGUAUAUGUUCUUCCUGUCCUUCUGCUUUUAUUUCUUCUACAACAUCACCCUGACCCUCGUCUCCUACUACCGCCCCCGGGAGGAGGAGGCCCUGCCACACCCCUUGGCCCUCACGCACAAAAUGGGGUGGCUGCAGCUGCUAGGAAGGAUGUUCGUGCUCAUCUGGGCCAUGUGCAUUUCUGUGAAAGAGGGCAUCGCCAUCUUCCUGCUGAGACCCUCAGAUCUUCAGUCCAUCCUCUCAGAUGCCUGGUUUCACUUUGUCUUUUUUAUCCAAGCUGUGCUUGUGAUACUGUCUGUCUUCUUGUACUUGUUUGCCUACAAAGAGUACCUCGCCUGCCUCGUGCUGGCCAUGGCCCUGGGCUGGGCGAACAUGCUCUACUACACGCGGGGGUUCCAGUCCAUGGGCAUGUACAGCGUCAUGAUCCAGAAGGUCAUUUUGCACGAUGUCCUGAAGUUCUUGUUUGUAUAUAUCGUGUUCUUACUUGGAUUUGGAGUAGCCCUGGCAUCGCUGAUUGAGAAGUGUCCCAAGGACCAUGAGGACUGCAGCUCAUAUGGCAGCUUCAGCGAUGCAGUGCUGGAACUCUUCAAGCUCACCAUAGGCCUGGGCGACCUGAACAUCCAGCAGAACUCCAAGUACCCCAUCCUCUUCCUGUUCCUGCUCAUCACCUACGUCAUCCUCACCUUUGUCCUCCUCCUCAACAUGCUCAUUGCCCUGAUGGGAGAGACCGUGGAGGACGUCUCCAAGGAGAGUGAGCGCAUCUGGCGCCUACAGAGAGCCAGGACCAUCUUGGAGUUUGAGAAAAUGUUACCAGAAUGGCUGAGGAGCAGAUUCCGGAUGGGCGAGCUGUGUAAAGUGGCCGAGGAAGAUUUCCGACUGUGUUUGCGGAUCAACGAGGUGAAGUGGACUGAAUGGAAAACUCACGUCUCCUUCCUCAACGAAGAUCCGGGGCCUGGGAGACGGACAGCAGAUUUCAACAAACUCCAAGAUUCUUCCAGGAGCAACAGCAAAACUACCCUCAAUGCAUUUGGUGAAAUCGAUGAAUUUCCGGAAACGUCAGUGUAG